CAAUGUUUAUCCCAAUUAAACAACACUGCGAUGCUUAACUCACGUUAAACAACCAAAACUUUUAGAUUAAACCACAGAGCAAAUAUAUCAGUAGCCCAUUUAUGACGGCGAGGAGUUGGGUUGCCACGGGAUCACUCGCGGGCUGCCAAAAGAUAAGUCGCUUGUUCACCUGCGCGAGAUGCGCAGCGCAUCCUACCGAAAACAAUCGCUUUCGGAGAAACUGCCGCUCGCCAGAAGUCUCGCCAGUGAUUUUCUGCUCGGGCGCUUGACAGUGGUAUGUGCACGAAUUCUGGACAACCUCGGAGCAGGAGUCCAGUUAAAGAACGUGGAUAUUUUUAAUUAGAGACUGUCUGCUGUAGUCGCUGCUCUCUAGUUAGCGAGUCCGUGUCGGAGAGAGAGGGGGGGUUUUGUUGAUGCAGAGGAGAGUCUCGAUAUCUUAUCUGUUUGCCCACUUCGCACUGAGCAACUCAACGCCGGCGGCAUCAGCGCGCCGGAGGACUGGAGUUCUCGCUCCGGUGUGACAUAAUUCGAGUGCUUUAUUUUAACUGAAACAAAAAGCGAUGACCGACUCCUCGACACCAGACCCCUGCCCAGUGCCUGACCCCACAAUUGUGGAGCCCGCUACUCAGAACGGACAGUGCGCUCCUCCGGAACAGCAGCCACCCAAAAGGGCGAAUUUGGGAGACCCCUUCAACAUGGACCGGGACCAAGAGAUGAAAAUAAGCGACAGCGUAGAGGGUCAAGGCUUGCUGGAGAGCAGCAUGCGGCUGAAACCCCACGAGGCGCAGAGCUACCGCAAGAAGGCAUUGUGGGUAUCCUGGAUCUCCAUCGUGGUGACGCUCAUCCUGGCCGUGGCUGCUUUCACCGUUUCUUUCAUGAGACACAGCGCCUCCGCCUUUGGAUUUGCUUUUGACGCGACGCUGGACGUGCUGUCCUCCAUUAUUGUGCUGUGGCGCUACAGCAACGCGGCCGCCGUGCACUCGGCCCACAGAGAGUACAUAGCGUGCGUGAUCCUGGGGGUGGUCUUCAUCCUGUCCUCCCUGUGCAUUCUGGGAAAGGCCAUCCAUGACCUGGCCACUAGGCUCCUCCCUGAAGUGGAUGACUUCCUCUUCAGCGUCUCCAUUGUGAGCGGGCUCAUGUGCAUCAUCCUGGCCGUGCUCAAGUUCAUGCUGGGGAGGGUUCUGACCAGCCGGGCCCUCGUCACGGACGGGUUCAACUCCCUGGUCGGGGGGGUGAUGGGGUUCUCCAUUCUCGUCAGCGCGGAGGUUUUUCGCCACGACCCCGCGGUGUGGUACUUGGACGGGACAAUAGGGGUCCUGAUCGGGCUCAUUAUCCUGGCCUACGGAGUCAAGCUGCUGGUCGACAUGGUCCCGCGGGUGAGACAGACGAGGCACUACGAGAGGUUCGAGUGAGCGCGCUCAGAACAGGCGGGCCUUGCAGGAGGGGGCGGAGCCAUGUCCGUGCGGGCCUCCUCGCGUCCUCCUCCACACCCCGCCCCCCCCCCCCCCGGAAGACUUCAGAGGACAAAUAAAACAUAGACUUUAAGGUGCCAGUGGUAUUUCAGUUCAAAAACAGGCCACCCAUUACUGUUUUUCUUUUCUUUUUUUCUUUUUUUUUUUUUUAUAUCUCCAAACUCGAUGCGUCUGUAAACAGAAUUUUGGGAAAAGCGGGGAGGGCAACCCUCCCGCGAACAGAAGAAGAAGAGGAGGAGGAGGUGGGCGGAGUCUGGUUCAGUGCGCGGCGUUGUUUUGGUGGUGUCCGUCAAGGCGGUUGCUGCAAUCCCUGCUUUUUGAAGGAAACACUGAACCCUUUGUAUGAUAUAGUUUAGGAUAGACUUAACCAUGUCCUAGUGCGUAACCCUAAAAGGCUCCCAUUUGCUCUGUCUUGAAUGAUUAUCCUAAUGAUUAUUUCUUGUCGCGCUUGUCUAUUUAGAACAAAUAGCUUCCCAGCCAAAAAGUAUAACUUGAUUUGCUGUAUUGUGCCUCCUCUGGAAAAAUGUGACUGUGUUCGAGUGGCACCUGUGGUUUAGUGCAGCGAUGCACGCCAGUGCCCCCUAAUCAAAAUAUUUACUGUGCCAACGGCAUGUGUGGCACCACCCCUCUGGGUGGGGGAGAGGUGGGGCUUCAGUGGGUCCCAUCGAGCACAGGCGCCCCCUCUGGUGGAUCGCGGGGCUGCAGCCUGCUGUGUCGGUGGUGCUCCCGGGCAGAGCCCAGCGACAGCGACCUGCGGCUGAAUUCUCUUCAGAGCACACGACUGCACUCUGCAGAGCUGAUUACAGUCGUCACGGCGACGAUGAGGCAGGAUCACAAACACAAUCGGCCAAAACAUCCAAAUUUCAUACAAGAAAGCAAUAACAUAUUUUAAAAAAUAUAUAUAAUAAUGUGACAAUUCAAAAUACUGUACCUAACAGAAUUAGCUUUUAGCUUCCCUUUGAUGUGAAUCGGUCAUGUUCUGCCUGUUCCUCUCCCUUCCUAUCCCCGCUUAUAAGAGUCUCUGCGGAUGGUUUUAAUGUGUGUAUAUCAGUGUGAGUGUGAGUGUAAAAAUCUGCUGAUGGGGUUUUAACGCGGGUAUAGCAGUGUGAGUCUGAGACGGGGGCGAUCCGGGGGUUGCUUGUGUUUACUUUAUUUCGGCUGAGGUCCCGCUUCUGGGGGCUUCGGUGCUGGCCCAAUGCCGGGGUCCGGUAAUCGAAGGAACCAAAGGGGCAGCCGAGCCACCCCCUCUGACUCCGCUUGGGCCCCAGAGAAGCACAAACCGACCCCUGGCAGAACCCGCCAGUCUGGCCCAAACCCACAGCUGAGGAACCUUAGCUCCCCAGUAAUGCAGAUAUCAUUGCCCAGUGCACACUGGGAACAAGGGAUUCAUAAUCGUAAUAGUAAUAAUAACACCUUGCACUCACCAUCCACAAACGUACACAUUUGGACUGAACGCAUUCAAAAAUGUACAGGCUUAUACAUGAGUGCGUAUAUGUAUAUAGUACAUCCAGUAUGUUUGGCAUUACAAGUAACAUAAAUACAAGGACCUUGAUAUUUGAACAUUACCUGUAAUUUUGCAGUCUGUCUGGGAUCUGACGGAUUUUUAGUCAGUUUUCAGCUGGCAGACCUGCCACUUGUUCUCACUGGGACAGCAGUCAUGGGGGUUAGA